AUGGACGCUUACGAACAACACAAUGAAGUUUCAACGUCAUAUAACAAUAAUAAUUUAAAACAUAAUUUCAACGAAUGUAAAAAUGACUUUUAUCAGUACGUUGAUGUUACUUAUUUAGACAAAGAGAAACAGGUGGAGAAAGACUUUUACGACGAGAGAAAUUACAAAGUGAAAAUCGAAGAACCGAAUCAGAAUUUAACGACGCCAUUUUUAGUGAAAGAUAUACUGAAUAUCAAUCAAACGAAUUACAAUUACGAUAGAAAUGAUGUCUGGAAAUAUAGCGAGAGGGAACGAAGACCAUAUGAUUAUGAUCCAGUGUACCAGAACCAAGGAUACUGUCCCGCUGAGUAUUUUAAUCAAGUGUAUCCGAAUGUGCCCGUACCCAAUUUUGACCCAUAUUGGACCCAGGAAUACCACGAUCAUAAAGUCGAUGAUUACUACAAUUACAACCCGUACGGUCAUAAUAUACAUCAUCAAAAUUAUGAACAGUAUAGUGAUGGAACAUCUCUGCACGUUUCGCCAGAAAAUCCUUUGAAAAUUGAAUCUACUCCAUCGUAUAUUAACCAUAUUGAAAGAGAGGCAGUACCGACUACUUCUGAGAGUGUGGAGAGUGAGAAAAACUUAUGUACGCAGUUUUCGACCGAGCAUAUCGUCAAAGGAACUGAUUUGUGUAGGAAAAAUACAAAAACCCCUACAUGUGAAAAAGAAAGAAAAGAUAAAAGUGCGAAAAGAAAACCUCGGAUAUUAUUCUCUCAAACGCAAGUCCACGCCCUAGAAGUACGAUUUAGAAAUCAACGAUACCUUACAGCCCCUGAGCGGGAACAACUAGCGGUGACACUUAACCUGUCACCAACACAGGUGAAAAUCUGGUUCCAGAAUCGACGGUACAAAAGCAAACGUAUAAAAUCACCCGAAGUGUCCACUUCAACGGACGCCAAACCUAGCAAAAUUUUAAGUGGUAAGAAGCUGUUUAAACCUGAAAAUAGGGAAGUCCAGGUUCCAGCAUCUAGUUAUGAAGCCUAUAGAGAUACUAGGUGUGACACAAAGCCUUUUAGUAACGAAAAUUUAAGUUCAACAAUGUAUUUUGACGAUAGUUUAACGUUUGACAAUCAAACUGAAAAGUACACCGCUCAGGUAGGCUCUACACCAGAUAUCCAAGCUAUGUACACGACUGAUACUGUAGUUUUAGGCGACAGAAAGGAAAUAUAUGAUGAACCUGAAAUUAAAAAGUAUUUUCCGUUGAACUUUGUUUGUUGA